UCACCAACCACAGAGACUAAAGAGAGAGAAGCUUCCACUUGUUUCUCUUCGUCUGUCUCUCAGAUUUGGGGGGAUUUUAUAGAAGUUGGGAAUUAGGAAUUUGAAUUUAUAAUAUAAUGUGGUGCUCCCCAGCUCCUGCUCUCCUUGCUCUUCUGCUCUGCGUUUUGAGCGCGGAAGCCUCGGUCCACGAGUACGCCGCAGAGAGAUUCGCCACCAAAGGCAGCGCCUUCGUCGUCCACGGCGGAAGCGAGGGAAUUUACUCUUCCGCCUCUACCCAGUCCUCCUCCGUCUCCGCCAGCGGUGGCUCCUACAUACGCUUCGAAAAGGUUACGUUUCGGAGAAGCAGAGAAUCAGCAAACUUGAGCUCAUGGCCAGUCCAUGCCAUUGUUUUUGAUGUGGAAGAUAGAGAGACCAUUGGCGGUUCAGCUUACGGUGGUCAAAGAGCAGUAUGUUGCUCGGGGGAUCUCGCAAAACUCGGGGUGUGUGCACAAGGAGAGAUCAUUCACCGCCGGUUGACUGAGAAUCCAGGUUGGCCCCAGGUUUUUGGUGUAUCCUUUGAAGAAAAUGAGGAAGUUGCCACAUUGCCGUCCAAAUCGAUACAGAUUAUAAAAACCGGGAUGUACAAUUUGUAUUUCAUUCAUUGUGAUCCGAGUAUUAAGGAUGUGGUUGUGGAGGGGAAAACUAUAUGGAAAAAUCCUAGCGGGUACUUACCUGGUAGAAUGGCUCCGUUUAUGAAUUUCUAUGGGUUUAUGUCCCUUGCCUUUGUCAUACUUGGGGUCGGUUGGUUCUUGCAAUAUGCAAGACUUUGGAGAGAAGUGUUCCCGUUGCAGAAUUGCAUCACUCUGGUAAUAACCCUCGGUAUGUUUGAGAUGGCUCUCUGGUAUUUUGAGUAUGCUGAAUUCAACGAGACGGGGGUUAGGCCAACUGGGAUAACUGCAUGGGCAGUAACGUUUGGGACAGUUAAACGGACGGUAGCACGGGUGAUACUCUUAAUGGUCUCCAUGGGUUAUGGUGUUGUGAGGCCUUCCCUUGGUGGGCUUACAUCAAAGGUGAUUUUGCUUGGAUUGACCUUCUUCUUGGCAUCAGAAGUUCUUGAGAUGGUAGAAAAUGUUGGUGCAGUAAGUGAUCUUUCCGGAAAGGCGAGAUUGUUCUUGGUUCUUCCUGUGGCAAUAUUGGAUGCGUUCUUCAUUGUUUGGAUAUUUACUUCCCUCUCCGCAACUUUAAAUAAGCUUCAGGCUAGGCGAAUGAUGGUUAAACUAGACAUUUACAGAAAGUUUACGAACGCUUUGGCAGUGACUGUUAUUGUAUCUGUGGGUUGGAUAUGCUAUGAGCUAUAUUUCAAAUCAAAUGAUGUUUACAAUGAGCAGUGGCAGAACGCAUGGAUCGUCCCUGCCUUCUGGCAAGUUUUAUCUUUCUCUCUUCUAUUUGUCGUCUGCAUUCUUUGGGCGCCAUCGCAGACCUCAACAAGAUAUGCGUACUCUGGAGAUAGCGAAGAGUUUGACAAGGACGAUACGACUUUGACGCUCAUAAAACCGGCCCUAACGCCUGCGAAGGAUGCCGGUAGUGCUCUUGAAACUAGACCGCUUCAAGGCAGUAAUGGGGCGUCAAAUGGCGGCGAUGAAGAAGACAAGAUAGAGUAAGAAGAGAACCCAGCUGGAAUAUUUGUUGGCAUUGCAACAAUAUCCAGCUGCUCCAACACGACGCAGGGAACAUAUGAUACACAGAGGAGCAAGGAUCAUGGCAUAUAAAAUUGUAUGUUGUUGAGGUUAUAAAAUUAGAUAGCGUGGUUUAAUGUUUGCUUUUUAGUCCUUAAUGUAUUUGUUUAUUUGGCUACUGAAUUUUCUCCAAGGAGAAAAAAGAUGCGUAUCAUUGGCGGUUUGCAAGCGGUGGUUUGUCUUGGUGGUUAAGCCCUCCUCCCCUUCCCUUGGUUUGACUUGAGGGGCUAAAACAAUGCUAUGCUUGAAUAUGAUCUCGGGUCGAGAAAUUCAAUCUGUAA